UCUCCUCUUAUAUGUGUUCCAUAAUUUCUUUCUUUUCUUCUUUUUCUCUUGAGGCCGUGAACUUGCAAAGAAGAAAGACAAGCUUGGAGAUUUUAUUUUAAACACUUUAGGGGUUGGGUUUCUUCAUGAGAUUUCAAGAAUGAAGUCUUGUGAAUAAGCCUUAGGUCUUAGUUCCUUAAGAGGAGUUUUAUAUUGAGAGAUAUCUACCUUUAUGUGUGAGACUUCAUGGCUGUCUAAGAAGCUUUCAGGGAUGGUUUUGAGGUUUACAUGUUGGAGAAUACUUUCUAGCUUCUAAAGAACCUAAGUAAGGAAAAUCUCUCUGCACCUUCAAGUGAUCUUCUGGAAAAAUUUCGGAAUUGAAAAUCCACCACCUAUACUAUAUACCAUUUCAGUUUGCCAUGCCUAUUGUGGUUGAGGUGCAUGAGGGAUACAUGUAUACCAGAGGAGAAGAUGCUCAAAGAUUCAAGGAGACUCUAUGCACCCGGUCACCUUUACCACAUUGUUGAGAGAGAGCCUUUUAGGUUUCCCCAGUUGUGAGGACACUCAAUGCACCGGGUUCGACUUCUUGGAAUAAAGGUGUCGAGUUCGCUAAGAUUUUGGAUGAUUCUGGAAACGUCAUCAUUUUGGGGAACGUCGUCUUGCUCCGGCCAGAGCAGUACUGGAAUUCAUGGAUCUUCCAUUAUCAUCAUCAACAUCCAUAAGGGUUUCCUUGGGGAAAAUAGAGUACCAAAUUAGUGACAAGGGAAACUUUUCCUUCCUCCGUGAUGAUUUGAUUUUUAAAAUUCAGGAUAUUGAGGGGAAUGAAAUAUCACGUGCAGGUGUUCAUAUCAGGUUGAUAUUAGAGAAAGGAGUUUGGGACUUGCAUUUGGAGUUAAGAUUCAUCCUUAAUGAUGAAGAGCGUGACAACAUUCGUAUAAUGAUAGAUAUUGAUGAGGAUAUUUGGUGGAAGGCCAAUGUUAUAGAGACAAGGGAAGAACCAUUAUUAGUCUUAGUGAUUUAUAGAAUUUUUAAGGAUGAAGCCAAUGAAGAAAAAGGAGAGCGAGCCAGAAUGAUUUGCUCUAACAUCCAAUCUCAAAGACACAAACAAUGUCCAAUUAGUGUCUACAAACUGGCUUUCGAGAACCAAGAUAUCAAUGUCCGAGAAAUAAAGCCCAAGAACAGGAGAAUCAUGGUAAUCCAAGCGCUCUUUUUUCUUCUUUUUUUUUCCAUUUCUCCCACUAGUAGUUUCAUUAAGCCAAAGAGAUAUCUCUGAAUUUAAUGCUGAGAUUUGAAAAAAAAAUUAUAUUUUUUCAAUUUUUCCUAAGCUACCGACAAAGUUAGUUACGUGAAGAAUCAUUUAUUCAACCUGCUCAAUGAAUCCUUUUGACAAUGAAGCUGUCGUUGCAGAGGUAAUCAUACCGUUAAUUCUUUUUCUGAUAUUGGAGAGCUUAUUUGUCUUAAUGGCUUAUAGUUCUAUAUUUUUCUUUUUUAUUUUGUUAUUUUCUAAAGUUUUGUAAUUAUUCCUUUAUUUUGGGGGAAAUUUUAAAUACAAAGUUGGUUUCAGACUAGGUUCCAAGACUUACUGUGAGACCUUGAAUGUAAGGAAGGUGAGACUUCUUGCAUGCCUGCCUUGAGGUUCUAGGCAUAGUUGGUACUUAUGCUAUCUUCAAGCAUUAAAAUGGUCAACAUGAGAUUCUUCUGUUAUACUUCCUGUGUCUAACGUUGUUGCUUAAGUGUGUGGUAGGAAUUUCACCAAAGAUGGCAUUGAUGAUCGAUUGAAAGUGUGGGAUGAGAAAUACCAACCUUGGGUGCAUGUCCCUGCAUUUGCUCCAUGUUAUUCUCCUCAAGCUGAAGUAAAUUCACUUGCGUGUAUGACUGUAUACUCAACAUUUUCAGUUUCAUAUAUAGAAUUUUCAGUUAGGCUUAAUAUGUAAGAUUACUCAGGUUUAAACAUUUGUAAUAUUACUGAUACUUUAAUUACAAUGUUAAAUUUGCAAAGCACAUUUACAUUGCUUUAUCAUGUAUUUGGAUCAAUUAAU